GCCGACUCAUCCUCCCCUCCAAACCUCCUCCAGCUGUUUGCGUCGUUCUCACAGCGUUCCCUCACUGAGUCUAACAACCUCCGCAAAGAACAAGACCUUCACCCGAUCAAAGAGCUUACCUGACAUGCUGUUCAAACCCAGCUGUGAGGAGUUCACCCCUGAUAUCACUGUUGAUGAAAACGAUGAAACCUACAGGUUCCAGUGCUCCUGCCCAGGCCUGUACCAGUGCAGUGUGACAGGCCUGCUGUUCCACAUGGAGGGAGAAGGGGACGUGGUUUACAGGAUCGUCCCCUGGAACAGGAGGCUACUGGCCCGACACCACAAGCAGCCUGCAGGACCCCUGUUUGACAUCAAAUGUCUGCAGCAGUCUGUGUGUCGGCUUCAUCUCCCACACUGUGAGAUCCGCUCCACAGGUGGAGGUGAGUUCUUGUCAGUCGCUCAUGUGAACGACGAGGGCAUCGAGUUUAUCGGCCCUCAGAAGAUCACAGAAACUCACGUUGUUAUAAACAUCACAGGGUUUUCUGGUUUCGGUAAUGUCAAGGAUGAAGACUCGCCGGCUGACCCGGUCCGAGCGCUGGUUCUGCUGUUCUACAGGCCCCCGGCUGAUCCCGACGCUGAAUCCCUCCUCAACGUGUUGCUGCUACCGAGGAACGUGGUGCUCCGGGAUGUGCUGCGCACCAGGAAGAAAUUAGUUGGAGAUGAGAGCUACAUAGAGACGUCCCCACACUGUAAACUGCAGCCAAAGCAGGAAUACACACUGUCCACUUGUCCUGCAGAGGACUCAGUUCUAGUUCAACCAACAGAAGCAGAGUUUGACUGCGACAACUACGACAACUACUUCCCAUCAUUCCAGGUGAUUUUAGAAACAAUGAGGAAACACGUGAAGCUGUUUCUGAGAGACACCAACAGCUCCCACAGUGUCUGGGAAAGACGAGUUUGCCUCACUGGAGUAAAAAGGUCCUGUGGGCCGAGCGCUCUGAAUCUCUCUUCAGAUAAGAGGCUGUUGGACAUACGGAGCAGCUUCAUCGAGGGGAUAUCAGGACCGGUUCUCACAAGUCUGCUGGACAAACUGUUUGAGAAAACGGUGAUAGCUGAAGCUGAGAGGGAGUCAGCGGACGAGAUGCAGAACAGAAGAGACAAAGCUCGUUUUGUUAUCGACUCAGUGAGGAAGAAAGGUGAAGCU